UAGCAGCAGUUGCCCAUCCCUGAUUCCCCUUGUCAAUGUCGCAGGCAAAUAAAUAAAUAUCAACAAAUUACAAUAUAGAAUGAGCGCGGAUGCAGGGACCAAGGAGAUCAUGGCGCCAUCGCGGGACAAGGACAACGGCGUCCAGAUUGAGGAAUGCGAUGUGGAUGCCACCAACUCGAAUCCGCAGCCAAGUGCCAGCGAUUGGGUGAACUUCUCGCAAUGGAUGCACUGCUUCUGUGUGGUCACCUUCGAUCUGAAUCUUGGCCAGGCCCUGGAGCACGUCUAUCCACCGCAGUUUAUGCCCAGCGAGCAGGAGGUUAGCAACAUCUGCUACAUGGCCUUUCCGGACUCGAAUUCCGGCUGCAUGGGCGACACCAAGUUCCAUAUGCGAUUGCGCUGCACAUCGCGUCGGGAAUCCCUGCCAGGAUACAAUGCGGAGUGUUCGCCUGCCCUGCGCCAGGAUGCUUCGCACUACUGGGGCUUCGUCUACUUCCGGCAGAAGAGGGAUGCGAAUCUGCCGCGCGGUUACUUCCAGAAGAGCUUCAUCAUUAUCACACGACUGCCGUUCUUCAAUCUCUACUACGAUAUACUCUCGCAGCUGGCACCGCGCUACUUUGACGAGGGCACGGAUGUUUUGAGGCUGGCCAGCGAGCAGAUCAAUCGCCAGUGGCCCGGCCUGAGGGUGGGCAAUCCCCUCCAGCUGCCCCUGCUGGAGUGCAGCUAUCAGAUCUGCAUACCCCGCACUAGUAGCAGUAGGAAGUCCACUGCAGAUAGUUCGGGAGGCUCAGGGGAAUCCCCGCCAGCCCUGGCCGCUUGUCCGACGGCCAAAGUACUGACCUCCGUUAACGAAAUCGAGCUCUUCCGAUCCCUGGACUUUGUCAUGGAGCAGCUGUACACGUUGUGGGAGCUGGUCAUCACCGCCGAGCCCAUCGUUGUGGUGGGCACCUCACCCGCCGACUGCUCCCACAUGGUUCAGACCCUCCUGGCCCUGAUAGCUCCACUGGAGUACUGUGCCGAGGCGCGUCCUUACUUCACCAUCCACGACAGCGAGUUCCGGGAAUUUACCCAGGAGUGCACCAGCAAGACCACACUACCCGCCUGUAUUUUGGGCGUGACCAAUCCGUUCUUUGUUAAGCUGCUCAAGGAUUGGCCGCACAUGCUCAGGCUAGUGGACAACCAGAAAAACAUGCAGCAGCAACAGCAAUUGCUGAUGGGCCAAAAGCAUGCGAGGAACAUCGCUUCGGCCACCUCCUUCUCCAGCUCCACGGAGCUGGCCGGCCGACCCCUGAAAUCCAGCACAGGACUGAAUGGCAGCUCCAACAAUGGCUCCGGCGAUUCCUCAUCCGCCGGGCUGCACAGCAAGUACAGGCCGUAUCUGAAAAAGGACAAGGCGCUGAUCAAGAAGGUGCUGCUGGGCCUGAAGACCAAGCGGCCGGAGCAUGUGCAAACCGCUCUGAUCAGGCGCCACCUCCUCGAGUUGACCCAGAGCUUUAUGAUACCACUGGAGCGUUAUAUGGCCUCGCUGAUGCCGCUGCAAAAGGACAUCAGUCCGUUUAAGUCGGCGCCCAAUGCCAGCAGCUUCAAGCUGGACGACUUCUUGGCCACCUUAGAGACAGCUGGACCGCAGCUCACUUCGCCGCUGAAGGGAGAUUGGAAAGGCCUGUACAGACGCUUCUUUCGAUCGCCCAACUUUCGCGGAUGGUACGAGGCUCGCCACCGGGAGCUGCAGCUAACGCUACAGGAUCUCCAGCUGCAGGCGCUGUCGGAGGCGAAUCUGGAGCACUGGGCACACGACAAGCAGGAGGUAGAGAUCAUCGACAUGAUACUCAAGCUCAAGCAGAAACUGAAUCUCUAUGGCGACAAGGCCACGCAGCUGGAGGGGAUCAAUGGCACUCAGCAGCAGAUCCGGGCACAGAUUGAGUGCAUGAAGGGUCUGCUGCCGCCGGAUCUCAAGAAUGUGGUGAACCUCUGAUCGUAGUUGCACCAGCCUAGCUAAAUCUUGUACUCCACCUAUCUUUGGCUGCUCCAUUUCCGCCCAAGGACUGCCGCCUGUCUGUUUGUCUGUUAUCCUGUGAUUGUGUGCGAUGAGUGUGUUUAUAUCUCGCGAUCCUUGGGAGGAGGUGCUCUUCAUUAUUGUAAAUAAGUUUUAUCCGGAGAUUAGUCGCUGUAUUUGUGUCUAGUUUAAUUGUAACAUAAUCCCAAACAAACAAAAAGAGAAAAAGAUGAAUGUUAGUCCAAGCCAAGUAUUAAGUGUAAUCGAUGCGAUAUCCUUUAAAUGUUUUCAAAUCUAUUCGAAGCGUUUACCACUUCUUAGGUCACCAUAACAAAUGCUCAUAUCCUUGACUGUCUCAAAUAAGAAAACUAUA